CACACCUUCUUUGUUAAGUUGUUUUGGAAAAUGGAAAUGGAGAAGAACAGUUUAGACACAGAUGUUUUGCUUGUCCGGAAAAAAAUAGAGAUAGAUCACAGCUCCUUCUGUUUUGAUCUGAAAGAGAAUUCUGAAAGACAGUACCUCCAAAUAUCACAAAUGGAUGGUUUCUCAAUUUUGCUUCUUUCAAGUGGCAUUUCAUGCUUCUUAAAGGCAUUUGAUUGCUUUAGCUCCACUUCUUUUGAGCACCAAGAGGAGGGUUCUAACAGAGAUAAAGAAUUGAAGAUCAACGGCAAGGUGUUUUGCUUCAGUGCUGGACAGGAUCAUCGUGGUCCUUUUUUAAAGGUUUCAGAAGCAUUAACAAGUACAGACCGCAAGAGCAUUGUCAUUCCUUGCAGAAAGAACAAGAACAAUGGUUUACAAUUGUUUAUGAGGACACUACAAGAGAUUGAUACAACUGCAAGAGUUCUUUUCCCUCCAUAUCAGCAGCAACAAAUUUAUAUUCUGUCAGAACAGUCUGUGGAGCUUGAAAAUGCCAAAACUAAAUUUAUAAUGAGCCACAAUGCUCAAAGCUCUUCAACAUCACAAUCAAAUAAAGAGUUUGCUCGUUAUGAAAGUAGUAGAUAUUGUGAUUCAAAAAUAAUGAGAGUAGGCCAGAAGCAAUUUUGCUUUGAUCUUGGAAACAAUGAGAAGGGUCAUUUCUUGAAGAUAUCUGAGGAAAGAGGUACAUGUCGAUCUUCUGUAAUAAUCCCCCUAUCUCAACUGAAGCAGUUCAAUGAAAUGACGGGUCAUUUCCUCGAUAUAACCAACGAUUCAUAUUCAAGAGAAGGUCAUUUGAUUGGCAGAAAUUUCAAAAAGUAUAAUCCUCCCCAAGUAAGCAAAAAUCAAGUGUUGAAUGCUGAGGAUGAAUCAUAUACGGUUCUACCUUAUGAGAGUUAGUAUGAUGACUUUACUUUGUUUAAGCAAGUCAUGUAU